AUGGCAUCUCAACCAGAGAAGUCCCAUCAAGGCGAUGGCCUACUACUCAUCCACGCGGGCCUCUUCCGCACGGGCACAAAAUCUAUGGCCCGCGCAUAUCAGAUCCUCGGUCUCAAAACACACCACGGACUCCUUGAAAAGGUCACCGAUACCCCAUGGGUACAGCUAGAGCAAGCCGCCGAGUCGACAUGGCCCUCCACGCCCGGGGCACGCCCCCGAGCGUCCUUCACCCGCGCUGAUUGGGACAAGCUCUGGGGUGAAAAGUACGACGCCGUCACAGACCUGGCAUCGCCCUUUGCCCUCGAGCUUAUCCGAGCAUAUCCCAAUGCCAAGGUCGUGGUGGUCCAACGCGACUUUGAGCGGUGGUGGCCAAGUUUUCAGAGUGAAGUCCUCAAUCGGGUCAUGCUUCAGCCUAUGGCAGCUAUUAAUGGGUUCCUUGGACUGUAUCUCAUGGGUAUUCCGGCCGUGCAGGCGAUGAGAAAAAUCCAUUUUGGUUUCUUUGGUGCACAGAGUCGGGAGGAGAUCCUCGCGCAUGCGAAAGACGUGUAUGAAACGUACUAUCGCAGUGUGCGAGCAGCUGUUCCACCAGAGCAAUUGCUCGAGUAUCAUAUGGGAGAUGGAUGGAAUCCACUGUGUGCGUUCCUGGAUGUGGAAGUGCCCAAUGUACCAUUUCCAAGGGAGAAUGAAGCAAGUAAUCAUGCCGAGGAGGUAAAAGCACGAACGAGAUUGCUUUGGACGGCGGGAAUCAAGGUCGCAGCGCCCGUGCUACUUGGGUUGGCUGCUAUAUGGGUGGGAUUUGCGUUCAGUCAAACGGCGUGA